GAACAAGACGACAGAAACGUUCGAAGUUUCCAACGCCGCAGGCCGCCGGCCUCUCGCGAUUUCCUCCUUUUCCCGGCGCGCCGAUGGCUCCUCCGCCUCCCACUCCACUCCAACCAGCCAGCGCAUCGCGCCACCUCGACACCCUCGAGCUCCCCGCCGAGUCCCGGAGACUCCCAUGGGGUAUUCCACUGCGGCGGCGGCGGCGGCGGGGUGGCUGGUGUCGCCGUUUCUCGACAGCCUGAGCGCCGGGAUCCGCUCCUGCGCCGAUGACCUCUUCCGCUACCUCCCCUCGGGGUCCGCCUCCGCCGACCUCGAGCGCCUGGUGGACUACAUCGUCCGCCUCAGCGCGUCCGCCUCCGCCGUGGAGCGCGCCCGGUGCCGCCCGCUCCCCGCCGCCCUUCUCGCCUGGCUCAACCGCCUCAAGGACGCCGCGGACGACGCCGACAACAUCCUCGACGAAAUCCGCUACAGGAGCCUUGCGGAUGCCCUCACCGGACCGAGCCCCGAUCUCUCCCCCGGCUCGGUCUGCGGCCACCUGGUAUCAGUAUGCUCCGACCACCCCUUCAAACGGUUGCCCUCCGUCCUCGAUAAGCUCGCCACCGCCUGCGCGGACUACGCCGUGAUCGCCUCCCUCGUCGGUCUCGACGGAGCCUGCUCUCCGCACUGUGGGAACCGGCUCGCCAGGAACUCUAGCUCCAUCAUGCCGGCUGACGACGCAUUCUUUGGCCGCCAACGCGAGCUCAACCACCUGGUCGAAACAUUAGUUCGUUGCAAUGGUUCUGCUCAACUCGGGAACCAGAGUGUCCCGGAUGUGGGCAUUGUUGGAGAUGGUGGGAUCGGCAAGACAAAGCUGGCUCAGAUGGUGUUUCAUCAUCCAAUAAUUCUGGAGCACUUCGAUCUCCGGAUGUGGGUGUGUGCCUCGAGUCAUGUGGAUGAUGUGAGUCUUACUAGGGGGAUCCUGCAGGCUGCUGCAGAUUGGAAGGUGGACUAUGAUGGGAUAGUGAAUUUUGACAGGUUGCAAAAUUUGCUGGUUUCUGCUGUUGCAGGGAGGAGGUUCUUGCUUGUCCUAGAUGAUGUUUGGGAUGAUAAAGAGAUGAAAAUGUCGGCGAACAGGGAGAGGUGGAGGAACCUACUAGCUCCUCUGCAGCGUGGGAAGCAAGAGAGCAGGAUCGUCGUGACUACACGAAUGAAGGUGGUUGCUGACAUGCUAGGUGUGAGGAUCCCAAUGAUGUUGGGUGGGUUGGGACCGGAAGAGAAUUGGCGGCUCCUCAAGAAGUGUGCACUGGGUAGUGAGGAUAGUUGCGAAUACCCGCAUUUACAGAGGAUUGGGGUGAAAAUAGCGUCCAAUCUUAAGGGAUCCCCUCUUGCUGCCAGAAUGAUCGGUGGGACGCUCAGUAACACUCGAAGUGAAAGAGAUUGGAACAGUAUCUCGGGGACAGAUAUUCAUAAUGACAUUGUCUCGACACUUUUAUCGAGUUAUUAUCAUCUCCCUCAGCAUUUGCAGUAUUGCUUUGCGUAUUGCAGCAUAUUUCCAAAGAACUGGAAGUUUGACCACAAGAAAUUGAUCAGAAUGUGGAUAGCACAGGGUUUCGUUCAGACUGAAAGUGGGAGCUUAUUAGAGGAUUUAGGCAUAGAAUAUUUCAAAGAACUGUUGGCAAGAUCAUUCUUUCAUACUCUUAGGCAGGGAAACAGAAUGCACUAUGUCAUGCAUGACCUGAUUCAUGAUUUGGCACAAACGGUUUCCCACUCUGGUUGUGCAAGGGUAGAAGGCAACAUGUCCAAAAGCAUACCGUCUAGUGUUAGACACAUAUCUGUUUCAAGCAACUUCCUCUCACACCUCAAGAAGCAAUGCGACUUGAGAAGAUUACGGACAUUAAUUGUAUACAAAGAUUCGUCGAUGACCUCAAGUACUAUCCCAGUUGACUUUCUCUCUGAGUUAAAGAAUGUACGCACUUUAGAUCUCACUGGAUGUCUUAUAUCAGAGCUACCUAAAGCAAUUGGUUAUCUAAUUCAUCUGCGCUACAUCGCACUUCCUGAUACUAUCAAGGUGCUACCUGAAUCUGUGAGCAUGUUACUGCAUCUCCAAACUCUCGAUAUUCCAAAGAAGUGUCAACUAGAUGCAUUGCCUGAGGGUAUCCACCAGCUGAUCAGCUUGCGGCAUCUUGGCGUAGAUUUAAAGUACAUUUCAAUGAUAAGAGGUAUUGGUAGUCUCGUUAAACUUCAAGGGUCUAUCGAGUUUCAUGUUAAAACAGAAAGCGGGCAUACCUUAGAGGAGUUGAAGGAUAUGAAAGACCUUCAUGGUCUACUUCACAUCAAGAAUCUGGAAAAUGUUCAAUGCGAGGACGAAGCUCGCAAUGCGCAACUGUCCAAUAAGCAGUAUCUUAAAAUUCUGAAACUUGAAUGGACCUUUGCAGGUUCAGCUUUUGGCCCCUCCAUAGAUGCUGAAGUAUUACAAUGCUUACAACCUUAUAAAAACCUUGAAGAGCUUCAUAUCAAGAGGUACAAGGGGGUAUUAUCACCAAGGUGGCUGGAGCUGAAAAGUUUUGAGGUGGGAUUUCUAUCCCAUCUAAAAUCCUUGUAUCUGACAAACUGCAGAAGGUGGAAGCUGCUUCCUCCACUUGGACAGCUUCCGUCUCUGAAGGUGUUGCACCUAAAGGAGAUGCCCUCUGUUACUCAAAUUGGAAUUGAAUUCUAUGGUGAUGGCACUAAGACAUUUACAUCACUGAAGGAUCUUGAAUUAGAUGACAUGUCAAACUUAAUUAGUUGGACCGGAGGAAAUGGCGACUAUUUUCCCCACCUGCGCAAAUUGAAGAUUUUAAAUUGUCAAAAAAUGGUCAAAGUGCCCUGGCUUCCUCCUACAACAAAAAGUGUCACAAUAGAAGGAACUCAAAAGAUUUCUAAUCUCAAAUUGACCCCUUACUGUUCAUCUAAAUCAGGUAAAUUUGUUUUGGAAAUUUCUUCUGCAAGCAUGUUGGGAGAAGAGUUCUUACAUCAGAAACACCUUGAGGCUAUUGAGGUUCUAAACAUUAGAGGUUGUUGGGGUUUGGUGCUUGAAGGAUUGUGGCUAACAUCACUAAGAAAACUGCGACUAUCACAGUGCAACAUGGAUGAUGAACAGCUGAGUUUGUGUUUCAAGCACUUAACUGCUCUCACCUCAUUAGACAUAGCUGACUGCAAGAAUAUCACAUCUUUUCUCUUGCCAGAAGGUUCAAGGCAUUUUGAAACACUCCGGCAUUUGUGCUUUCAGGAUUGCCAUAUGCUUUCCUCCUUGGCUAACCUGGAAAACUUUGUUUUCCUAAAAAGUUUGAUCAUUGAGAGAUGCACAAGAGUUACGACAGAGUCCUUGCCAACUGAGCUCAUGAGAAUGACAUCCCUUAACAAACUGGGCAUCUCGCACUGCCCAGGGUUUCAAUCACUACCGAAAAACAUGCCAUUGUCCCUGGAAUUUCUUCGUUUGAUUGGGUGCCAUCCAUUGUUGACCCGGUGGCUUCAUGAGAGGCAAGGUCCAGAGUGGGAGAGAUUGCCAUUAUCUCAGAUCACACUAUACUGAAGUGAUACCAUCUGUUCUUGUGUGGCAUCAGCGUGUUGAUGUCUGCACAGCCAGAAAAAAUGAGAUGUCUUCUUUGGGAGGCUGCCAUUUUUCAGGCAGCAGCAACACCACCACCAGUAAAUCCUCUUCAUUCUUCAACUCUCGUAGCACGGCCAACACCUUUGAUGCAGAACAGUUGGAUGAUCCUUCUCUUGAUAUCAAUCCUACGCACAUAUUCAGCGACAACAGGUUCAAUGCCGUAAUUGGUCUCGACUCACUUGGCACUUUCAAAGAACUAGUUAGCCGGCGAAUUUCUGCAGAGAACUCAAGAGAUUUGUACCAGGAAUUUCAUUCCAAAUACUGUGACAUCUUAGCCAGGUGUGAUUUUGUUGGCGGCUUUGACUCUGUUCUUGGUUUCGACUGCCAAAAUUUGGGGAAAAAACACUGGAAGUACAUGAGGAGCUGGCCUGCAGUGUUGGAGUAUAUUGUCAGUAUUAUCAACACAUUGCACAUGCAACUCAAGCAGAAGCAUCUUUCUUGUGAUGGAUUCAUACACAAAGAUCUUUUAGAAGCAGCAAGAAAACCUUUGACUCGUCUGUUCACUGCUGCUUCAGCUAUCUGUGCCCAUGAGAUCAGGAAGCCACCCGAGCUCUUCUGCAUAUUGAACAUGUACACAUCACUCGCGGAUGUCAUCCCCACUCUCAGGAAUGUGUUCCAUACAGAGUCUAUCAGUAGAAAUGCUGAGGGUUUCUUGCUAAACUGAACGACUCUGCAAGGGAAAUAGUUAAAGAGACUAAAAUCUUGAUUCAAACUUAUAGCUCACAAACAGCAGUGCAGGAUGGAGGUAUCACAGCACGGAGUGGGUAUCUCAUGAGGUACAUCAGGUUGGUAGUAAAGCAUAGGAGUUCACUUGAUACCAUUCUACGACAUGGUCACAGUGAUGAUCUGUUGACAGUUGAGGGAAUGAACUCAACAUGUCGAUUAGUACUUGGGCUCAUUGCUGACUUGGAUACAGCGCUUGAGAAACAAUCCAAGUUACUGUCUUCUAAAGAACUCCAGUGUUUGUUUUUGAUGAACAACACACAUUAUGUACUACAGGAAAUCAAGCAAUGGGAUGUACGGUUAAUUGUAGGAUCCAGGUGGAUUGGAAAACGCCAGUACUGUAUCAAGGAAUACAUGAGGGGUUACCUAACUGCAGCAUGGGGACCAGUUACAUUGAAUUUGUUAACUACAAAAAGCAUAUCACCCAGUAAAAGGCUUAGGACAAAUGUUCUAAGGACAAAUGUUCUAAGUUUCCUGUCUGCCGAUCCAACUCCCCUGCAGAAUUUUACUUGUUCAUUCAAUGAAACUUGUAACACUCAGAUGUGCUGGAAGGUACCUUGUCCAGUUCUCCGCGAAGCUUCGAGAAAAAAUUAUGGAGUUUGUUACUCCAGUCUACCAUGCACACCUGGAAAGUUUGAAACGAUCUGGAAGGGGUACUGCUGCAGAUUUUAAGCUGGGGUUGAAGAGCAAAAUCAACGAAUUGUUUGAAGGGUAAAUAUUUCUUACGGUGCAAAAGGAGAAAACAAAUGAAGAAAGCAGUGUACUAGAGCCUGCAGAUGUUGUCUUUUUUUUUUCUGUCCUUGAAAUUUUUGUCCCUAUAAAUGAUGGAACUGUGUGUACCAGCUUCAGAUUAACUAAAGGAAUACUUAUGUAAAUACAUACUUCCUUCCCUUCA